AUGUCAGCGCGGCCGCCGAACUUGCCGGUACUGCCGCUGCGGCAGGAUGUCCUGCUCAGCACGACACUUUUCGAAGAGAUCGAAAACGGACUGUCGGAGGAGUUCCUGCAAGAAUACACCGGCGUACAAGACCUGAACGAGGUUGCUUUCCUCGAUCUCCAGGUGGAUGCUGUCGGCGUGGGCGAGCGCGUGGAGUGUCUCGGCGAGCUGCUGCCGAGACUGCAACAGUUGCGCCUCAGUCGGUCGCACAUUUGCACCAUACGAGAUUUGGGAACAAGCCUCCUCAAUUUGAAGGUUCUAUGGCUAUGCCGCUGUUCCUUGCAGGACCUUGGAGGCAUCACCGUACUCCCCGUUCUGGAGGAGCUCUACGUGUCCUUCAACGACGUGAGUGACUUGAGUCCACUGCUUUCCCAUGAGGCGCUGCAAAUCUUGGAUAUGGAGGGCAACUUGGUGGAUGACUUCGAGGAGAUCCGGUCCUUAGAGGUGGUUUCCACGCUUCGGGAGCUGGACAUCAGUCUGAACCCAGUGCGGAAGCAGGAGGCUGUGACGAGGGAACGAAUCCUGGAGGCGCUGCCUCACCUCGAAGUCCUGGACACGAUUCCCAGAAAGGCCUGUGGGUGGAUGGAGGCUGCAGGCAUCAUUCCAAGACCCUGCCGAAAGUGA